AUGUAUUCUUCAUGGUACGCUAAAGAAAGUACCAUCUUUUGACCGCAUAAUACUGAGAUCCAUUCAUUCUGCUGUAUCCUGGUGUCUGAUGUACAGAAUAAAGCAACUUUGUGGAUGAACACGGUAUUGAGAGCGGAGAGAAAUGCUUGAGGAGGAACCGCGGAGGACGAGGGUUCACCCAAUAUUUGCACAGAGGGCUGUCAAAGGGCAGUUUCUAACUAUGUAUGCUGACCUGCGUGAGCACCCUGACAAAUUUGUCUGUUAUUGCCAAAUGUCCAUCCCUACAUUUGACCUGCUUUUGGGGGAGUUGAGGCCUGGCCUAACCUUCAUGAAUACCAACAUGCGGCGUUGUGUUUCAGCUGAGGAACGGCUAAUUAUAACCCUGAGAUUUUUGGCAACAGGAAACUCAUUUGCCUCAUUACAUUUUGAAUUCGGCAUGGGGACCUCCACAAUAUCAGGAAUAGUGCGGGCUACCUGUGCCACCAUGUGGUUGCGACUGCGAGCUGCUGUGCUGCCACAACCAACCAGGCAGCAGUGGCUUCAGAUUGCACAGGGCUUCCAGGAUAGGGCACAAUUCCCCAAUUGUAUAGGUGCCCUUGACGGGAAGCAUAUACAGGUGAAGAAGCCACCGAACUCAGGGCCCCGAUUCUAUAAUUAUAAACAGUUUUUCUCUGUAGUUUUGUUGGCCUUGGCUGACACAAACUACAGGUUUAUAAUUGUAGAUAUCGGGGCCUAUGGAAGUUCGGCAGAUGCUCGCAUCUUCUGGGCUUCCAGAAUGGGUCGGUGGCUUCAGUCCAACCAAACCUGAUGCGUCCUUUCGCUAGGCGAGGAUUAAAUCAGGAAAGGCGCACAUUCAAUUUUCGUUUAAGCAGGGCCAGAAGGUAUGUUGUGUGCCUUUGGAAUUUUAGCCAGCAAAUGGCGUAUUUUUCAUUCUGCUAUUCAGCUUGCCCCUGAGAAUGUAAACAAUGUUAUUAAAGCGUGUGUAGUGCUCCAUAAUUUCACUCGCAUGCAUGACUCCAGUCCAGAUGACGAUGCGGAGGUGUUGACUUCAGCAGCCCAUGGAGACCCUUCUCUACUUGGAAGAGCUGGUUCAGCAGGACUGAGAGUCAGAGAAUUAUUUUCGGACUAUUUCAUGUCUCCUGCUGGUUCAUUUACAUUUAAUCCACAGCCCUUUUCAUCUGGUUAAAGAUAAUAUUAUUUUCAUACAGUGAAGAUGACUAUACAUUGUAUGUAUCCUGGAUGGAUGUUUUUUUUAGUUAGUUAUUUUUUAUUAAGUUAGGGACUCGCAAAAAUAUGAGGACCCUUGACAUGG